AUGACCACCCACCUAGGAGCCGAAGGCAAGGCCAUUGCUCUGCAUGUAUCGGGGGCCUGUAGUGGUGUGUUUGAAAUCCCAUGCCUCUGCAAAGUGCCUGAACUUAGCACGGGCCUACUACCUGCCAUUGUCUUUCAGAACGACGUCAUUUUAGUUUCGAGGUUUGUUGUAUCACUUUUCCUUUGCAUAAACUUUUUGCUAAUCACAACCUUUUUUAUGAAGGAGUUCUUCUAUACAACCAUGCGCUACAUCUUAUUUGCUAAUACAUUAUUGUCUGAUUGUCUGAUCUUGAUAGUAACAAAUUUCUUGCUCAUCUUUGACUAUUUUCAUUUGACCAUGCAAAUAUGGUUGUGUCUUAUUUUCUACAUUUUAUCAUCUGUGUACACUUUUGUCACACCAGUUACUCUGACUGCAAUGACCCUGGAGCGCUAUGUGGCCAUUUGCAUGCCCCUGCAACAUUCAGAGCUGUGCUCCACACACAGGUCUCUGCACUGUAUUCUCAUCAUUCACAGCCUCAGCUAUGUACCCUGCAUUGUGAUUCUCUCAGUCUUCUUUGCAUCAGCCUCCCUUAGCUUCUACAAACAAUACAAGGUCUGCUCUGUGGAGAUGUUCAUAUUUCACAGUUGGCAGCGUCAUCUUAGGUCAGCUAUAAGUCUGUUUUACUUCUUGAUCAUGUUUAUUGCUAUUGUAUUCUCGUAUGUUAAAAUAAUGAAAGUUGCCAAAGCUGCAUCAGGAGAGAAUAAAAAGUCUACUGUUCUCAAGUGUCUCUCCCAGUAUCUUCAAAACCUAAUGCUGUUACAUUACUAUUUUACCAUUUCAGAGGACUCUUUCUUACAGUCUGGGGCACUACAAACGACAAACACAAUUUUUGGCCUCAGGGAUGAAAAGUUCUUUAAUGCACUGAAAAACUUUGCUCUAUGUGGCUUGCAUAAGAACUUAAAGCCCUAA